AUGUCUCUGCCUAUUCUUCUACCAAAGAGUGCGCUACCUCAGCCAAACACCUUUUACCUCUGCAAACCACCUCCGGUUGAUGACGCCAAGGUUCAAGAGCAAGAACUAGCAAAUAGCCGACAGAUGUUAGAUGGCAAAAUCAUCAAGAAGACACGGCCAAGGAAGACUGUAGAUUACUAUGGAGGGAUGGCACAGAUGCGGAAAUUGCGCCCCAAUUCUACCUACGUGCCUCAGUUGCGGCCAACACCACCAUAUAUCAUUAACUUAUUACCCCCCAAAGCAUAUCCGGACAUUCAUCUACAAUCCUUGUGUACAAAAUUCAUCCAUACUUCAACAAAUAAAAUUCGUUGUCCCGUGAACAUCGUGACGUGGACGCCCGAAGGGAGACGCAGGUUCACUCUUUGGAAUGGACUCACAUUCAAUUUCGAAACCAUCCUUCAAGCCCACGAUAGCGCUAUCUGUACCUUCAGUUUCACGCACUCAGGCGCAUAUUUGGUGUCAGCAGACAAGAGUGGUGUCAUCAAAUACUUCGAGCCCAACAUGAACAACUUGACAGCAUGGCAAGGAUCUAACUCACGAGAAGCUAUACGUGGUAUCAGCUUCAGUCCAGAUGAUCGUCGGUUUGCGACAGCUAGCGAUGACUCUAGUGUUCGUAUAUGGUCUUUCGCAGAGAGCCGAGUGGAGAGUGUUCUAACUGGGCACGGUUGGGAUGUAAAAUGUGUCCAGUGGCAUCCGUCUAAAGGCUUGCUUGUUUCUGGAAGUAAAGACAACCAGAUAAAAUUCUGGGAUCCUCGAACGGGUACCGUCCUGUCUACAUUACACCAACAUAAGAACACUAUUCAAGCGCUAGCUUGGUCACCCAACGGUAACAUGGUUGCCAGUGCUUCUCGGGACCAAACCGUUCGUGUCUUCGAUAUCCGCGCCAUGAAAGAAUUCCGGAUACUCAAAGGACACAAGAAAGAAGUUUGCUCCGUCGCCUGGCAUCCCAUACAUCCCAUCCUUGUCUCUGGAGGCUCUGAAGGUGCCGUUCUUCACUGGGACCUAGGUGCCGAAGACGAAACACUGAGUCAACCCCACACGACUCAAAUGUAUGGUCCAUGGCCUUCCAUCCUCUCGGCCAUCUCCUCGUCACCGCAUCCAAUGACCACACCACCCCGAUUUUGGUGCCGUGAGCGCCCUGGUGAUGCCUCUUCUGUCUUCUCCGGGGGCGGAGAGAAGCCACCAGAAAUUAUCGAUACUAGUGGUCAGGAUGAGGAAGACGACGCAAUGGUGCCCGGCUUCAGUUAUGGGUGGAACCGGGAGUGGUGGGGCAAAGAGGAGGAAGGAGAUCGCACUAAAACUAAUUGGGACAAUGGAGGAGAUGACGAUUUCAUCCCUGGAAUUGGUGGCGGACCUCCACCCCCACCUAGACUACCCCCGCCACAAGAAGAUUCAUACGGCCUCGGUGGGGAUGAAUGGGGUCGGAAUAGCCGCGGUGGAGGUGGAUUGGGACAGGGGUGA